AUGGGCAGACAUAUUACGACUUUGACGCCAUCCAGCGCCGAGGGCGAGUCGGUCAUGUAUGGUGUUUGGAUCUCUAUUCUUACCUGGCAAUUCGACCCCCGUGACGGAUAUAUUACUUGCCCGCAUCACAGCCUCCAAUUCAGCUCUCGUGGCUUUUCGGAUUUCCAAGUGCACCAAUAUAUUUCUCUGGUUGUGCAAUGCAAGGGGGAAUUCGGUGGCUAUAUAUGGGACGGGGCGAGAGACCAACUGGAAAAAUACCUUCAACCGAUUCAUGGCGAUCCUGAGUCCAGCCCUACCGUCCACGGAAUUGUGGCCAUUGGCCAAUGA